AUGAGCAGCAACAGAGGAAAUUAUGCAGAUCUUAGAAUGCAGGAAGUGGGUUUCACUAUCCUGCUUGGAUUUUUUAUUGCACUUUCAGCACAAUGUGAUUUUGCAGAGUCUAGGAAAUGGCUGUCCGAUGCAGAUGUCAAGUACAUUAGUCACAGGCAGUCGAUGAACUACGAGAAUGGAUAUGGGGACAGAGGAGAAAAAGUGGUUGUUGAUCCCUACUUGAAUUUCUCAAAUCCAAGGCUUAAAAAUGCCUACAUUGCUCUUCAGGCAUGGAAAAAGGCAAUCAAUUCAGACCCACUGAACAUAACGGGCAACUGGUUUGGUGCUGAUGUCUGUAAUUACACUCGUGUGUUUUGUUCCCCUGCAUUGGAUGAUCCAAACAUUAUUGUUGUGGCAGGCAUUGAUCUGAACCAUGCACAGAUUGCAGGGUAUCUACCAGUGGAGCUUGGGCUUCUCACAGAUAUUGCAUUAUUCCAUAUCAAUUCCAACUUUUUCUGUGGAUUUGUGCCUUAUAGCUUCAUUAAUAUGACUGAAAUGUUUGAAUUUGAUAUCAGCAAUAACAGGUUUGCUGGAUCAUUCCCAAUGGUUGUGCUCUCAAUGCCCAAAUUGAAGUAUUUGGACGUCAGGUUCAAUGAGUUUGAGGGGUGCCUUCCGGAGAAGCUGUUUGAGAAGAAUCUGGAUGCCAUCUUUAUCAAUAACAACAAAUUCACUUUGGAAAUUCCUUCUAACCUUGGAAAUUCGCCUGUUUCUGUUAUUGUUUUGGCCAACAAUAAUCUUCAGGGAUGCCUGCCUGAUGGUUUAGGUCAAAUGGCUCCUACUCUCAAUGAGAUCGUUCUAUCCAACAACAGUUUGACAUCCUUUAAUCCAUCUGAUAUUGGGAAGCUGAGAAACUUGACUGUAUUCGACAUGAGCUUCAAUAACCUCGCUGGCUUUCUGCCAGACAGCAUUGGAGGGAUGAUCAGCUUGGAAAUUAUGGAUAUCAGUCACAAUAAGCUAUCUGGAAUGAUUCCAGAGAGCAUAUGUGCUCUUCCCAAUUUGAAGAAUUUUACAGUUUCCUACAAUUUCUUUAGUGGAGAGGCAAAUAAUUGUAUGGCCCUACCAUCCAGAGGGGACAUCUUGGAUGACAAAUAUAACUGUUUCCCUGACAGGCCUUCACAGAGAUCAUUCUUGAAAUAUGGUCCAGCACUUUCUCCAUCUAUGGGUCGUUCUGCAUCUGAUUUAUCUAAAACUAGUAUACUACCGUCCACCAUCUCAUUCACCUCUGCCUCCACCACAUUCUCUUCUUCUUCCCCAACCUUCUCCAGAACUCCAUUUCCACCACCUCCUUGCAUUUAUCCUCCACUUCCAUCACAUUCUCCUCCUCUGCUACCACCUCCCCUUUCUCCUCUGCCUCCUGUUUCGCACUCUCCACCAUCACCCCCUCCAUCGUUUCUUUGCAAGAAAGAAAUUCCUCUUCCAGCACUAUCAUUUGAGGGAUCUUCUCUCAACUUUCCUCUUUUCUGUGAGGAGAUUAGCAUAAAUCUAGCCUAA